GUCCUGUAUUCAAACUCGUAUAAUUUUACCCGCGUAAAAAGUAAGAAAAGGCAAGCGGAAAAUCGCCCACUGGUUUCUCCCAUGCAAUUGUCCGCUUUAACACCAACAAAUGAGCAAAUCCUUCUCUCUCUCUUUCCACCCUCCCUUAUCUCUCUCUCUCUCUUUCCUUCAUAACUCUCUCUAUAUAUACAUCACCCCAUAUCUCUCUCCCUUCAUCCCCAUAACGUCGUCGUUUCUCUCUCUCCUCUUCAUAUCCCUCAAACUUUAUUAAAAUUAAAAUAUUACCAACAACAUGUCUAGCAGAAGAUCUUCUCGAUCCAGAAACUCCUCAGGUGCUCCAUUAAUCUCUGACGAUCAGAUCAGUGAUCUUGUUUCCAAGUUGCAGCGCCUCAUCCCCGAGCUUCGUAAUCCCCGUGCUUCCCAUAAGGUGUCGGCUUCAAAAGUGUUACAAGAAACAUGCAACUACAUAAGGAACUUACAUAGGGAGGUGGAUGAUUUAAGUGAGCGAUUGUCACAACUUUUGGCCUCAACAGAAAACGACAGCGCCGAGGCUGCGAUUAUUAGGAGUUUAUUCAUGUAAAACCCUAUAAUUUAUCUAUAACAAUUACCCUACCCGUUACGACGUCGUUUCUUUUCUUAUUAUUUUCAUUUUUCUCUCUUUAUAUAUAAUUAUAUAUGUGUAUGAUAGUUAAAUUAUUUAGCUAGAUCUUUUUUGGCCGAUGUAUUAGGCCAGUACACAGAAGGGUGUUAUAUUUUAUAUAUAUAACACGCCUUUUGAGCAGAGUUUGUAGUACUUUGACUUUUAUAAUAUUCUAUAUGAACUCAAGUCCUUC